AUGGAUGCAGAUGUGAUUCGUCUCAAUGUGGGCGGAGAACUUUACUGGACGACCCGCACCACAAUUCAGAAGCACCCGAGCUCAGAGUUGGCAAAGAUGCUUUCAGGCGAGACUCCUGCCAGCUGGUCUGGCGAUUGUUUGUGUGUCGACCGUGACGGGCGUCUGUUCAGGCACGUCCUCAACUAUCUCCGUGAUGGCCGGCUUCCUUUGGGCCUUUCGCAUGCCGAUCGAACACUGCUGCUGCAAGAGGUCAAAUACUUUGGCCUUGACGAGUUGCACCAGAGUCUUGGAGGUUUGCAGGAGCCCCAGCCUCGACCUUCCAAUCGGACCUCCACAGGCUUGUCGUUGCAGCCCGACGCAGACAGCUUGAUUCAUGAGGUGAAGACCUCUCGACAAUUUGUCCGUUUGAGGUGGGGCCAUGAAUAUAGCGGUGGUUGGUUGGUGAGCUCUCCGCGGAACCUGGCUGGUGUGGACUACGAGUUGCACGCUGCUUGUCUAGCACGCUCUCCCUUGGAGGCCCUGAACAAGCUAUCAAAAGCAGGCUUUUUGCCUUGUAGCCGACCUCCCAAGAUGCCCAGGAUGUCUGAGCUGGACUCGUGGGAACUGAUGAUGUACAAGGACCACCCGGUGCCGCUGGUGGCACAGGCCCCAAAGCGUACCGCACCUCAGCCAGUGCGGCUGUGA